UGACCGUUAAGUCUGAUUAUGCAUUUGGGGUGGGUGACAUAACUAUGGGACAUGAUGACACUAAUACAGUAUUUGCUAUUCUUAGUAUUGACAUGACUUGAAACGUACAACAAGAAAUCUGCUUCAGUCGGUGCCGUUUUGUGUGGCAUAGCUGGGGAUUUUAAAAAAAAUGUGUUAGUUCAUCCAAUGAAAGUGGAUUGUUUUGCAAUAAUGAUGAACAAAGUAUCGUUUUCUUUGAACAGCAGUUUUCUAAUGAUGAUCUGAUUUAUGAUUUAAAAGGCCCGAACCAAUAUGGAUGUUAUACCUUGCAUCAGAAGUAUAGCUCCAACACCUAAUUAGAUCACUCCCGAGCCCAAAGUCUCACUGAAUCCAACUCUUCCUUGAUGAUGAAGUUUGGUUUUUGAGCACCCGGACAGUAAGAUGAUGCAGAUCAACCUGACGGGGUUCCUGAACGGCAAGAACGCCCGCGAGUUCAUGAAGGACCUGUGGCCGCUGCUGCUGAGCGCACAGGAGAACAUCGCCGGCAUCCCCACAGCCUUCCUGGAGCAGAAGAAAGAGGAGAUCAAACAGAGACAGAUUGAGCAGGAGAAACUGGCCUCACUGAAGAGGAUGGAUGAAGACAAGAAGGAGAACAAAGAGAGCACUCAGUCCAGAAGCCCAAGGAGGCGAAAGUCCCGCUCCCCGUCCCCUAGGAGGCGCUCUCCCCCCAGGAAGGAGCGCCGGCGCAGCCCCUCUCCCGCCCGCUCCCCUCCGCGCCGCAAGCCCAGCCCCCUCCUGGUGUCGCCCCCGGCCUCCCCCCCAAAGGCCCCAGAGGAGCCCCAGCCAGAGCCCGACCAGUCAGAGGCCUCCAGGCCACCGCCCCUCAUCCAAGAGGCCUCUUCCACCAGUGACGUGAUGGUGCUGAGAGAGCAGCCAGUGAUCCCAGACUCUGUGGCGGAGGUGAAGGAGCCCUCCCCAGUAGUGCCCCCUGUGAUGCCACCCGUGGUGGCCAAGGAGGAGGAGAGGCCCAAGGAGAGGCCUCGCGAACGGGAGAAGGACAGCAGGAGGGAUCGACCACGCCAUCGCUCGCGAUCACGCUCUCGAUCACGCAGACGACACAGGUCGCGCUCCAGGUCCUACUCCCCGCGCAGGAGGUCCAGUCCCCGCAGACGCAUGUCCCCCCGCCGCAGAAGCCCUCCCAGGCGCCCUCCUCCCGGCCCCAGACACAGGCGCAGCAGAUCUCCCGUCCGCAAGCGGCGCUCUCCCUCCGGGUCUUCCUCAGGCAGCUCUUCUUCCUCGUCUCGCUCGCCCCACAAGAGACCGGCCAAGCGGCCUUCUGCCUCCCCACCACGCAAGCUGCUCCGGCCGAACGAGCCGUCCUCCGGCAGCCCCUCCAGGAGGCGAGGACGGCCCUCCCCCGGACCCGAUCACGCAGCAGGAGCAGGCUCCCCGGGCAAGAGCAGACGCUCACCCUCCCCCCAUGGCAGACGGGGUCGUGGCAGCUCAGCAUCCCCCAGUUCAAAAAGAAAGCCCGCAGGAAGGAACAAGUCCCCCUCCCCGGUCCCCAAAGCCAGGCGAUCGGACCUCUCUGAAUCCGAGGAUGAUAAAGGGAAGGGGGCCACGGCCGAUUCUGUGCAGCAGCGACGUCAGUAUCGCAGGCAGAAUCAGCAGUCGUCUUCAGCGGACUCAGGGUCCUCGUCUUCCUCGGAAGAUGAAGGCGGCAGGCGGCCACCGGGCCGAGGACCGCCGGCCAGGAAUGGUGACAUCCGCAGACGAAGGAGUCAAUCGCCCUCCUCCCCCCGGCGGCGCCACAGAGACGGAUCGCCCAGGAAAAGGAGGAGUCCGUCUCCAGGCAGGCGCCACCGCUCCCCUUCUCCCCCCAGACGACGCCGGUCACCCUCUCCCCCUCCCAGGCGCAGGUCCCCCUCUCCUCCCCGCAGACGUUCCCCGUCCCCUCGCCGCUACUCCCCAGCCAUCCAGCGCCGCUACAGCCCCUCCCCCGUGCAGCAGAAGCAGCGCCGGCCCUCCGCCUCCCCUCCCCCUCCCUCCAGACGCCGGGCGUCUCCGUCACCUGGCGCCAAGCGCAGACCCUCCCGCUCCCCCCGGCGACGCGCCAGCCCCGGCCCAAAGAGACGCACUCCCCCCUCCUCCAUCUCGCCCCCUCCCCGAGGACGCAGAGGCUCCCCACAGGGCUCCUCUUACAGGCCCCCCAGGGAGGGACGGCUGUCCCCCUCCCCUGCCGGCAGGGCCCACCAGCAGCAGCACCAGUCUCGGGGGUCGGCCAGCCCACAGGGCCAAGGACGCUUCCCCCACUCGGGGUCUCCGCAACAGGGCCGGGGCCAGAGGCAGCAGUCCCCCUCAGACAACAGCAACAGGCCCAUCCGCAGGGUGUCACGCACCCCGGAACCACACAAGACACAAAGAAGUUCUCAGAGCCCCCAGCCGAUGAGGAGGGCAUCCUCUCGGUCCCAGUCGCCUCCGUCUCACCCGCCGCCCCUGAAGCGGCCCGCUCCCGGCUCCGCAUCGCCCUCUCCCACACGCUCCGCCAGUGGAUCGCCACCUCCGCCCGCCAAAAAGCCUAGCAGCGGCUCAGCCAGCCCCUCCCCAAACAAGACGUCUGACGCCGAGGCCAGCGGGAAGAAACAGAAGAAGAAGAAGAAGGAGAAGAAACACAAAAAGGACAAGAAGCACAAGAAGCAUAAGAAACACAAGAAGGAGAAGGGGUCCGGGCCGGCGGACGCAGAGGGAGAAGAUGGACAGGUUAGAGCGGAGCAGCAGCCGCAGGAGCACGAGGAGGAAGAGGCAGACCACGACUCCUCACCCAAGAAGGAAUCAGACAGCGAAGUAGACGACAGUCUGGAUGACCUGGAGAGGCAGCUCCGUGAGAAGGCCCUGCGCUCUAUGAGGAAGGCACAGAUGUCCCCGCAGCCCUCCUGAGAAACAGCCGCAUUAAAACACACCCCCCCCCCCCUUCUCCUCUCAUCCGCACACUUGUCCCUCUCCAUCUCUCCUUCUCCCUCCUUUCUUUUUCAGUUAAGUUUGAUGUUGGUUCAGCUUUAGAAUGUACAAAAUUGUUGAUGUUCUAUUAUGUUUUAUUUUUUUAAAUGCUUUGGGUACACGUAUGAAAUUGGACUGCUGUCAAGUGGGGGAAGCAAGAGCUGCUUUUUUUAGUUAAAGCAUGGGUCGUCCCCACCACCAUAUAAACAGUUUUUUAUUUGCGUUUGCUUCUGUCCUCCAACCCCCCCAACUUCCCUCCAAUUCCCACCCUACAUCACACACUGUACACAUUUUUUGUUCAGGUUUGCUUAAAUCUUUUCAGGCCCUCUGUUUUCGCAUCUUUUUUAAAAAUGUUUUUUUUUAACCUGUGAAAGAAACUGUAGGGUGGGUUUAUCAUACGCAGGAGGGUUGGGUUGGGAGGGGCUGGGCUGGGCUGGGAUUGUUGUACGUGAUUGCAUGUGCAGAAGCACUGAGUGUCUAACCUCCUGUGUGCAUGGUGCUGAUUUAAAACACCACCACCACCUACUAAAAAGCUGUCAAUCGAAGCUGCCACCUCUUGGUCCCACAAUUCACAACCCUUCUGUUGGUCAAGGCUCAGCCCUCGCUGAGGCUAUGUUUUUUCACAGAACAAAAUUGAAUCAUUGGCGUGAGUGUGAUUUUUUUUUUAUUUUAUUUUUUUUUUUUUUUUGGUUUGUUUUCUUUUCUUUUUUUUGGGUAAAUUUUUAAGUUUUUUGAAAAUGUUUAAAUGUAAUGUAAAUUCUGACUUUGAAAAAGUCGCAUUAAAAAGUGAAAACCUUU